CCAUCUAUCGAGGAAGUACCUUCUCUAUCGUACGCACGAAGAGUUAAUUUACGUGUAGCAGUUUUUUUUUAUUAAUUAAUAACCAAAUAUCGAGAGAGACACAACACGGCUGUCCAAGUCAUAAAGAACUGACCUUCAAGGAGCAACUUGAGUACAUCAUGAGCACAGCUACCGACCAACCGCGCUUUGACAGCGCCGAGAACAGCUCUGAGAGCUCCUCACAACAACAACAACAGCAGCAGCAGGAAACCCCACCGCAGCAGUCAUCACAAACACAAAAUGGACCGGCCAAGCUUUUGCAGCAUUUCCAAACAAACCGCAUCGACUCGGCACUGUGGGCCCUGCGCCUGCUGGUCAUCUUCUUUACCGUCAGUUAUGUGCUGCCCAUCUUUACUUCACAACAGAGUUCGUUUAGCAAGGUUUUGCUGGCCAAUGCGGCCAUCUCAGCGUUACGCUUGCAUCAACGUGUGCCAGCGUUCUCGUUUAGCCGCGAAUUUCUUGCCCGACUUUUUGCUGAAGACUCGUGUCAUUAUUUGAUGUACUCGCUGAUCUUCUUCAACAUCAGGCCAUCCCUGCUGGUGCUCAUACCCGUGCUGCUCUACUCGGUGCUGCAUGCCUCCAGCUACUCGCUCAAGCUUCUCGAUCUGAUUGGCCAGAACUCGUGGUGGGGAGCCCGUUUCAUUAUUUCGAUUGUGGAGUUCCAGGCGGCCAACAUCCUGAAGGCCACUGCAUUCUGUGAAAUCUUCAUUAUGCCCUAUGCCAUUGUGCUGACAUUUAUGAGUCACGCUGGCCUUAUGACCCCCAUCAUCUACUAUCAUUACCUGGUGAUGCGCUACAGCUCGCGCCGUAAUCCCUAUCCACGCACCGCCUUCUCUGAGCUGCGGAUCACCUUUGAGGCACUGGCCGCUCGCUCGCCACCAGCUGUGGGCAAAAUAAUUCGCGGAGGAAUUGGAUUCGUUAAUCGCCUGGCGCCGCAGCCACAGCCAGCACCAGCGCAGCAGUAGUAGAAUGAAUAACACCACCCAAAAAACCACAACAAUCAACAAUGACAUCUAAAUAAUUUGAUUGUUAUCCCUUUCAUUUGUUUAGUCCUUUGCUGUAUCAAGCAAAGGCAGUUUUCAGUUAGUUUUUUUCCAUAAAAAAAAAUGUUUCGGCAUUUAAUUUUAAAUUAUAACUAUUGUAAUUAUUGUAAUUCCUGAGUAUCUAUUUCUUUUUGAAUCAUACACACAUACACAUUAUAUAUUUGUCGCACACCAGGUGUGUUUUGAUGGAUCAAAGCGUCGCGUAUUAUUAUCAUUAAUCUCAGACAAAAUUAUUUAACUUAAAUUAUUUGUUAAUUAAACUGACCACACAUAAAACCGAAGGAGCUAAUAAUGAUAAUGAUGAUUUACGUAAAUUUUUUAUGAAUGUGUAAAUGUUACUAAGGAAACAAAAAGACAGUGAACUUAAUAAAUGAAAUCGUACAAGAA